AUGUUCUCGAAAAUACGUAAUUUCUCUGAGGAUGUGGCCAAAAGUCUAAACGAUUUAACCGAGCAACCAAACCAAUCACAACAAAAGCCAGAUCCAUUUGCUCAAUUACAACGAAAUGCAAAAAUAUUACAAGCUGAAACACCCGAUUCCAACCAAUUGACCCAGCCAAAAGACGAGCUGGAAUCAGAUUUGCAACCUCGAGUGUCAACGCCUGCCAACAAUGGCGAACAAAGUGCAUCAAGUUCGAAACAGAGUACGCCUCCUGUUGGGUCAGUCAAUCUCGAAGAACUCCCUCCUGCUAUUAAAUCGAAAAUGAAAAAGUUUGCCAAGUAUGAAGAUAAAUAUCCCAUUUUGUUGGAAGCCUACAAAGUUGAAAAGAAAAAGACAGAAUUGAUCAAAGUUUUCGAAAAUGUGCUUCGAGAAAACACGCCCGUUUCGUCGAUUUCUGAUGCAAAAACUCUUGUUGAAUAUCUCAAUGGAUUGAAUGAGAAAACAAAGAUGCAAAAAAAUGAAAUUAGAAAAUUGACAAAGGAAAACUCUGUGCUAACUUUCAAAAUUGCCAAGUAUGAAGAAGAAGGAGAAGAUACGGUAUUUCGAAAAAUUGAAGAUUUGAAAAAAGAAAAUGAUGGAUUAAAGGGACAAAUUGCUGAGCGUGAAAACGAAGUUAAAACUAUCAAAGAAGAGAAAGACAAACUCGAAAAAAGAAUCGGAGAGAUAGAAUACUCAGUUGGAAAUGAUGAGAAGGUUGAGACACUAGAUGAACUAAAAUCACUGGCUGAUGCCAACAAUGAAGAAUUAACACAACUAAAAGAUAGACUUCUGCAGAAGGACAAAGAACUUGAAGAACUUGGAGCAAAACUUCAGGCUGCAAACAAAUCCUUAGCAGAAAAGAAAGAGGAAAUUGAGGAUUUGAGAGAUCUGAUGAAAGAUAUUGGAAAUGACUUAGUCACCGCAAGGGAUCAAAUCAAAGAGUUGAAACUGAGAGACAAAAGCGAUUCAAAUGGGGGUGUAGCUGAUAUAUCUUCUUCCGAUACUGAGCUUCGAUUGCAGAUAUCAUCUUUGACUGAGGAGGUGAAGUCCGUGAAAGAUAAAGUGACACUGAAGACCAAAGAAGCAAAAGACUUGCAAGCUAAAAUUACUUCCCUAGAAGAUGAAUCACAUAAAGAACAAAUGGCAAAUAAGCAAUCGGAAGACAAUCUUCGGAAGGAAAUACAGACCUUGAAAAAGCAAUUACAAGACCAAAAUGGGAAACUAGAUAUCACCGAAAAGGAAUUGACUGCAGAAAAGGGGGAAAGAAUGAAGUUGGAGGAGCGAUUACAAGAAUUGUCUAAGUUCAAAAGCAAUGACACUUCAUACAAAUUGGAGAUAUCGUCAUUGCAGUCCAACUUAAGUCACAAGGAAGAGACAAUAAAAGAACUCAAGUCUAAACUAGAGUCUCUAAACGAAAGCAACGCCGCACUUCAAUCAAAGAUUGACAAGUUGGAAAACACAAAUAAUGAAUUACAAGGCAACUAUAUGGGCUUACUUAAAAAUAAGAAUGAACUUUUAACCAAGCAAGAGUCCUUCAUUGAAAAUGAAAAAUCAUUAAAUCUGCAAUUAACAAAACUUCAAAAAGAAAAACAGGAGAUUCGUAAUGAAUUGGACAAGACACGUAGAAGUUUAGAUUCAUUGUUAUCGGAGAAACUGUCAGCUGGUAAUGAUGUCCAACUGUAUAAGAGGCAAUAUGAUGAGUUAACCAUGAAAUCGAAGGAAUACAACUUACGAAUUGAAAGUUUAGAAGAUGACUUAUCAGAGAGUCGAAACUUGUUACAAGAAAAGACAAGAGAAGGGGGAAAUUUGAGGCGAUUGUUAAUUGAGGCUGAUGAGAUGAUGAAACAGAAAGAAUCUGAUCACAAAUUAGAGCUUAGGAGGUUAGAAGAUGAGAAGAGUGAGAUGGAGAGGAACAGUGCUCAGUUGAUCAAGAAGAAAGAAAAGGAGAUUAAUGAGUUAAACACAAUAUUAAACGAGCAUAAACAACGCAUUGCAGACCUUGAAGAAAGACUCAAAAAUGUAGCUUUUGUAUCGCAUAAUGAAACAGCUGUUGAUAAUAGCCAAAUGGACUCUGAAUUACAGCGGCAAAUAGAUACACUAAGGGAAGCGUUAUCAGCUUCAUCAAACAAGGUCAAAGAUUAUGAGAAACUAAACACUACUUUGAAGAAGCUAAAUGAGGAAAAUAUUGCAAAGUUUGAAAGACUUUCGAAAAACUACAAACUUCUAACUCAACAAUACAGACUAAUGAAGGAUAAUGAAAGUCGACGUGGAUCAGCUGAAAGUGUCACAUCUUCUGUGAAUGGAACCGAAAGGGAGAGUAUGGAUGAGAAGAAGGAAAAAGAAAAACAGACCGAAACGAACAUAGCAUAUUUGAAAAAUGUUUUGCUUGGUUAUUUUGAGCAUAAAGAGCAACGAGAACAGUUGUUGCCUGUUUUAAAGACGUUGUUUCAAUUCUCCAGGGAGGAUGAGAACAAAUUCUUACUUGCCUUAAAAUAA